AUGUCCGCCAAGAAGGCCACGCCGCAGAAGCCGGCUGCGCCAAUCACAUCCUUCUUCGCCAAAGCGCCGUCCCCUUCGCAGCACGCUGCGGUUGGCAUGAAGGGCGCGGCGAUGGCGGAGGGCGAUAAGGCGACCGUCGGGGUGAAGCUCAACUUCGAGCGGCCGCCAUCGAACGAGCCGUCGAACAAGGAUUCGCGAUCGCCCCUCCGGACCCUCGAUAACGCCGCCCCCGCCACCGAGCCCAAGAGCGCGAGCGGCGCCAACAGAAGGGUGUCCGAUGGCCCGUCCGAGGGUGUCGCCGCGAGCACGCGAGAUCCGGCCGCGGCGCCCACCGCCGAGGGGAGCCCGGUGAGCGCGAGCGUGGGAGACGCACAUUUCAUGACCCCGGCGCACGCCCUCAGGGCGAGGGACGAAGACGCGACCCCGGAGGACACGCCCGCGACGGUGCGUCGCCUCGCCCGUUCAUCCGAUGCACCCGGUGCCACGAUUUUCAAAAAUCUCAACCCAAACCCCCCGCGGGGCGCCCCUUCGAGCUUCCCGCGGGGGGAUCGACACCGACCCCGCGACCCGAACGCGACACUAACCCCGCGUUCCCCCGUCCCGCAGGCGCUCGACCCCCGCGCCGCCCCCGCGCCCCGGCCCGGCGCCGAUUUCGCCGAGGAUCGCGAGGAGCAGGACCGGGUCACGUCCUCCGCCGCGAAGGCUUCGUCGGCUAACCUUAAGACCCCUGGUUUCGGCCAGUCCGCGGUCAAGUCAAGCCAAGGGGGCAAACACGGCCAAACCCCGAGCGAGAUGGCGAAGAUGGCUGACGCCCUCGAGAAGGAGGCGGCGGCGGAGAUGGAACGCCUCGCGGAUGACGCCAAGCGUGCAGCGGCUACCGCGGACGCCGACAAGGACAAGCCGACGACGGAGCCCGGCCGUCUGCUGAAGAGGGCGCGAAGGGCGAGGGCGCGUGCGGAGAAGGCGGCGGCCGACGAGGAGCUCCGCGCGAAGGCCGCGGCGGAGAAGGAGGCGGCGCGGGCGGCCAAGGAACAGGAGAAGGCUGAGCGCGAAAAGGAAAAGGAAGUCGCCAGGGAGCGAGCCGCCAAGGAAAAGGCGGAGAAGGCGGCCAGGAUCGAGGCGGAGAAGGCGGCCAAGGCUGAGAAGCUCGCGCGGAAGAAGGCCGAGAAGGAGGCCAAGCUGGCGGCGGAGAAGGCCGAGAAGGAAGCCAAGCUGGCGGCGGAGAAGGCCGAGAAGGAAGCCAAGCUGGCGGCGGAGAAGGAAGCCAGGGCCAAGGCUCUCGAGGAGGCCAAGGCGGCCAAGGCUGAGAGGGACGCUAAGCUCGCCGCCGAGAAGGCGCAGCGCGAAAAGGAGCGCGAGGACGCCAAGCUCGCGAAAGAGGCCGAACGCGCCAAAGCCGAGGCGGACAAGAGAGCCGCCACGGAGGCUGCGAUGGCCAAGAAGAACAAGCAGAAGAACCAAUUCGCGUCUUUUUUCGCCAAGGCUGCGAAGAAGACGCCGGAGCCCGAAGCGGCGGUCGUGGCGCCCCCGGUGCCCGCCGCCGCGCUCGACGAGAAGAGGGGCGACGAGCUCGUGGACGCGGUGUUGACGGGCGGUAACACUCUGGGCGGCAAUAACGACGCGUCGUCAAUCACCGCGUUCCUCGACGAUGCGCGUGCCAGGUGGCGACGCGGACGAGCGACGAGGACGAGUGGCGACCGGUGGGGCGCCAGGCGGGUGCCCAAGCGACGCCGCGACGAGGGCCUCCUCGGAUCCGACCGCGCCCUCCAAGACGCCGUCGAUGCGAGCGUCAUUCACUCCGUCGGCACCCACGCCCAACCCAAGCGUCGCAAGCUCAUCAGCGUGCAGUGCUCCUCGCACGUCGUCGUCGACGGCGCGUGCGUCCAGGAGGGGUCCUACAGGCACGCCUUUCAGCUCGGACCCGACGCGCUCAGCCCGGGUGGCACGGAUGGAACCCCGCGAGAAUCGUUCGCGAAGACGUUCCCGGUGGACGGGGGCAGGCCGCCGUUCUGGGGGUCGGGGACGUUCCCCGAGAGGCCCGGGUCGGUAUCGACCGCUGUGACGGGGCGGCGACCCUUCGCCCGGGACCCCAACGUCGAGUACGUCACAACGGAUGGCGAACACUUCGACUCGGGGGACGAAUGGGAGGAGGUGGAGGAGGGCGAAUCCCUCUCCGACGAGGACGUCGACGAGGACGAGGGCGAGGUGGUGUCUGACGAGGACGAGGACGGGUUCGUGGUGAAGGACGGGGAGCUGUCCGAGGGCGAGGGCGUCAAGGAUGUCGAAUGGGGCGACGAUCCGAUGGACCUCGCCGACGCCGACUUUUCCGACGAGGACGAACCGACUGAAGCGGAUCCCGCUGCUCCGGGCGCACCGGAUUCGAGCGGGUUCAGGGACAGAACCCUCGCGCGGCUCGUGCAGUGGACCAAGCAGGCGCGACGACGACACCAGCCGCUGGUCAUCGCGGGCUUCGUGGACCAAGCGGGCGUCGACGAGCCCGCCGGUGCGCCCGAGGUUGAUCCCCAAGCGGCGGACGAUUCCGGGUCGCGCCGAGACGUGCUCCGAGCGCUCGCGCCGGUUCGGUUCCGUCCCGGGAGCAGGGCCGUCAUCCGCGUGUACGACCCGACGGUCGCCGUCAACGACGACGCGGGCGCUGACGCGCCUUUCAGCGCCGGGAAGAAGCGACCAAACGCCGAGGACGGCGGCGACGGCGGCGAACGCGUUCGCAAGGAGCGAAGCGAGUUCCCCGACGAUCUCGUCAAACCCCUGGUGGAGUUUUUGCUCGCCAACCCCAAGCUUCAGAGCAAGGGCGCGAGGGAGGGUUUCCUGGAGACGUCCACGGCGAACGGUUCGCGUCCGGACCUGACCAAGGCUGCGGUGCAGCGGAAGAUCGCCGACGUCGCCGAGUACCGGCUGAAGGCGCCGCAGCGGUGGGAGGUCAAAGUCGAGGUGCUCGCCUCGGUGGGCAUAACCGCCGAGGAGGCCGACGCGAUCAGGCCCAAGGACGAGAGCGAGUUCCCCGACGAUCUCGUCAAACCCCUGGUGGAGUUUUUGCUCCUCAACCCAAAGCUUCAGAGCAAGGGCGCGAGGGAGGGUUUCCUGGAGACGUCCACGGCGAACGGUUCGCGUCCGGACUUGACCAAGGCUGCGGUGCAGCGGAAGAUCGCCGACGUCGCCGAAUACAAGGGCAGGCGGUGGGAGAUCAAGUCGGACGCGUUGGCGACCGUCGGGAUCGCCCCCGAAGCUGCGGAGGCUAUGCGCCCUCCGCUGACUCCGACAAAGGCUGAGAAGGCGGCGGCUGAGAGAGCUGCGAAGGAGGCUGCCAGGGACGCGAUCAAGGCUGAGAACAUGGCCAAGGCGUUCGCGGCGAACGGCGGGGCGUUCUUCGCGAGGGUCACCUCGCCGAAGCAGGCCGCCCCGGAGCGCCCCGCGCCCCCCGCGGGCCCGGUCGGUGAUCCCCAGUCGGGAAGCGGCGGCGCCGGCGGAGUUUAAAACCAUCGUCGAGUGAAGCGAUUGACGACGCGGACCUCGCGGCGAGUGUCUGCGACGCGCCCGGGGCGCGAACGCGUCGAUGGACGUUCCACGUGGCGAAGCGACGGUUAGCGCUCACGGCGACGACGAUUUUGACGUGUUGAGAACGGGGGAGGGAUCUCCGGUUGCACCCGCCCCCGAGUUGACAUUUGAAUACUACGCGACGAGAUGCUCGUU